CUCCCCCCAUACAGUACCAUAGUAUAGAAGAGUACUAUGGUAUGGUAUGGGUAUGGAGUAUGGAGUAUGGAGUAUGGAGUACUACUACUACCCUCCUUCUACUCUCUCUCCUCUUUCUUCUAAACUAACUCUCUAGAGGAAUGUGGACAGCGGGGUACUCCAUACCUCCAUACCAAAUGCAUACUACGUACGACCGAUGAGUACUUCGUUCUGACAUGCAUACUCCAUGUACAUACUCUAUACAUAUACAUCAUCAUCCUUACUCCAUACAUAUACCAUGCAUGUCCAAAUAAGCCCUUUUCACCUGUCUUGUCUUUAAACUUACUAUUCUUCCUCCCACCCACCAACAAACCGCCUUAAGUGGCCAUUCCCUAACAUCAAACCGACCGCUAUCCCCGAAGCCUGGUUAUUUCCAUGCCACCACCGCCACCACCACCGUCAUACUCCAACAUCUAGCCAUCAGCCAGCCUCGGCCACUACUCAAUUCUUCCAUCCCCCAUCAAUCCUUCACUCAUAUCUGAUUCGUUAAGAUAUUCGUGGCUGCCUCUUCUUUCACAUCCUCUUUAUUUGCCUGUUACGCUGUUACAACAUGCCUCUUAAGUGCCCGUCCAUCGGCCCCGUGAAUAAUUGAUACAUAAAGUCUAUACAUACAUAUAUCCUGCAUAUAUACGUAUACUAUAACAACAACUCCCAGGUUUUUUUUUUGCCCUCGUGCCCGUUACAUCAACGGCAACUUCGCCGCCGGUUCCUGGUCAUCUCUUCCGGCGUGCACCCGACUUGGUGCGUGUGUGCACACAUUUCUCUUCCAAGGCUUCUUCCUUGCCGGAUAUCCAAAUACCCCGAGGGGCGACUUUUACCAUUCCUUGACGUCGCACAAUCCCGCCUUGGAAAAAAAUCCUUCCUGAAAAUUCUCUUCACCUAACAAAGCAUCUGAAGCCAAUUAUUAGAUUAUUUUUUCUUCGGAAAAGUAAUCCUUGCUUUUCGGACACUCUUUGUUGCUAGCCUUGCUUUCUGCGGCUUCUAUUAACGGGAGUUCAUUGAAUCGCGGACCUCUAGCUCCCGAGAAUUUCCCCACGUCCGGCGCGCGGGCUCGCUGCGGAAAUUCUAAGAAUUAAAGUAUUGGCCUUUCAUUGCUCCAAAUCAUUGGUGUGUUGAUGCGACGAGGCUCACAUAUCCUCUUUCGUCGAUCGUCGUCGUCGCUCUUCUGACGACUAUCACCGUCGCCCCACCCGCCAACGCAUUGAAGCAUAGCAUGGCCGCUCCAAUGCAUAACAACUACCCUCGGUCGCCCAUGCAGUCCUCAUAUGAUUCCUCCUCUGUGUCCUCCGCGGCGUCUCCGCAGGCCCAGCAAUAUGGCGGGGGUCUCGCAGGUCCAUCGCCUCGAUUGAGCGGGCAGCCUCCCCACCAUAUCAUCCUCCCGCCUGCGAACUUCCACGCCCCAUACCAGAAUUCUUAUCACCCAAACGCCGCGUCGCCCGGGCCGCAGGGGAUGGAUUCAAUUGCCUCGACCGGGUCGUCGAGCGGCACACCAGGUCUGCCAUCGGCGCAGAUUAAUGCUAAUUUCCAAGCUCAGAAGAGAGCGUAUCGGCAACGAAGGAAGGAUCCCAGCUGCGACGCAUGUCGAGAGAGGAAGGUCAAGUGUGACGCUACGGAGACGACGAGCUGCUCCGAAUGCUCGAGCCGGAAUGUGAAGUGCCAGUUCACGAAGGAGACGAAUAGGAGGAUGUCAUCUAUCAAGCAGGUUCAGGAUCUGGAGAAGCAAAUAUCGCAGGUGAAAAGGGAGAAUUCGCAUUUGCGCUCGCUCAUGAAUAUACGGGAGGGUCAGACGGAUGUGGAUCAGGAUGAGUUGACUCCUACAGCAUUGCUGCUCCCUGAAGUUGGGUCGCAUCCAAAGAGCAGGAAACAGGCGCCCCCUCCACCGGAUCUCUCCAGAGUGAGAACGAAUCUACGGAACUAUGGAAGGGGCAUAUUUAAACCACCUGCGCCGUAUAGACAAAUUGGUUCCCAGGCACACUUCAACCCGGAAAGGCCACCGUUGCCUGCCAGGCAUGUUGCAGAUCACCUUCUGGAAUCCUAUUAUGCCUCGGUUCAUACCGUCAUUCCCCUCUUGCAUUGGCCGACGUUUAGGCAAGAGUAUGAGGACGCCUACCGAAUUGGUACGUUGGAACGGACACCGACGGCAUGGGUCUCACUAUUCUUCUCAGUGCUCGCCGUUGGUGUUGUCUUCAGCACAGAGCCUAGCAUUCAACGGCCUCACAAGGGAAAGGAGUAUAUCGAGAUGUCACGAAUGCUGACCGAUCUAUGGAACGACGAGUUUACCAUCGACCAUGCCAAGGGAGCACUAUUAACAAGCAUCUUCCUCACAGAAGUGAAUCUCAAGUCCGCAGCAUGGACAUGGCUAGGAGUCGCCACCAGAAUAGCGCAAGACAUCGGUCUACACAUGAACACAGGACCAUGGCCUCUCAUCGAGGGCGAGAUGAGAAGGAGAGUAUGGUGGUCGAUAUACGCCUGGGAUCGACUCCUCUCCGUCGAAAUGGGCCGCCCCCUCCUCAUCGAAGACGCUGACUGCGACGUCGCCCUACCAGCAGCAAUCGACGACCACUACAUCCGCGACGACGGCAUGCACGCCCCCAACGGCGCAAACCCGCACACCCACCUCCUCCUCCCCACCAUCCACGUCGUCCGCAGCAUCUCCCAGCUCCGCAAAACCAUCAAGAGUCCCACCAUCGCCCUCACCACCCUCGCAACAUUCGAUACCCACUUCCGCGCCUGCCUCUCUGCUUUCCCGGCCCCUUUCAGCCUCGAGUCCCGCGAACCCCUCGAUCCGUGUUCGCUCUCUCCUAUCAUCUAUCUAAUGAAUACACGCAUAAUCCUACACCGCCACAAUCUCUCCACUUCCUGCGCCCCUGACAUCCGCACAAACGCAAUAGAACAAUGCCUCCGCAUCGCCCUCGACACGACCCACCUCCUCGCCCGCGCCAGUGCCCCAACCCGCUCCCCAAACCCGCCUUACCACACCCAACCCUCCCUCCUCGGCGCGACAGCCAGCACGAUGCUCACAACGCACAUCUGGCGCUGCACCCUCGUCCUCCUCUUCUGCGCACACUUCGACGCCGCACUAACCUGCGUCCGCAUAUCCGCCUCCAUCGGCCGAAACCGCGACGCCAACAUAGCAUGCGGCCGCAACCUCGUCUUCUUCCUCACCACGCUGCUCGAGCGGCGCCGCGCAGGCGCACGACCGCGCGACAUGGCUGAUGAGGAAAUCGUUGCCUACGUCAGCGGCGACAUCCAAGCCACCACAGACGGUGGCUGGGUCUGGCAGGGUAGCGAAACGGGGAUGGCCUUAAACUCCCGCGCUACGGCUGGAUUCCCCGGCGACGACAGGGAGGGCGUGUUUAACGGGACCAUGAAGGGGAGUCUCACGGACAGCGAGAUGAAUGACUGGGGUGGCUGGGAGAGAGUGGAGUACCUCGUCGGCAUACUCGCGCGGGACGAUGAUGAGAGGGAUCGUUUCCCCCCGCAGGCUGGAACGGGGGCAGCGUAUACUUCUCCGGCUGGGCCGCGGAGGGAUGAGAGGGAGGUGCAGAGGACGACGACGGACCGAAUCAGCAUCGCUAAUAUCAUAUGAGCGAGCGAUGCGCGCGACACAUACAGUGGAGGCGCAGCAGCGGCAGCUGCCCUGCUCCUUCCAUGGCGCGGAGGGGUGGUAGUGUUGCACCGCCGGGAUUCUGGCCUGACUGACAGUUAUGGAGCUCCGAGACACGCGGCGAAGGGCGCUCUUGUGAGACAAUGCGGGUUGCCGCUGAAGGAUGCGGGUGCUUGCGUAGGGGGUGAGGGGUAACGGCAGAUACGCGGAUGGGGAGGGGUGAGGGAUUUUCUUUUGUUGGAUACGGAUGAGAACAUGAAUGUUGAAGAAUUUAUGCAGGGAUGAGACGGCAGGCGACUGCUGGGAUGGAGAUGGAGAUGUAUAUACGGAGACUCUGAUGGCAUACAAGAUGAGAAGAUGACGGUUAAAGGAGCCGCGGGGGAUACACGGUAUUCAUAGAGAGAAGCGUUUCGGCUUUUUGCCUUUUGGGGGGUGGAACUUAAUUGGGAGGGGGUUUGGUGGAUGUGUGCGCAGUUUAUACCCAGGAAAUUUUAUGACUUGUUUGCUUCGUUCGUAU